AUGGAUCCCGACGACGACCAAUGGUUCUCCGAGGACUGGCACCACCACGCCUUCCCACAGCUUCCCCUGGCCAACUCCCACGGCUUCGACAUUGACUUUCGCUGGGGAAGUACUUGGCUCGAUGAACAAGGUGUGGCUGCUGAGACUGCGUCUUCAGAUGUUCCAAUGACCAAUUGGCAGACUCUGCAAGAGAAGAACUCCCAAAUCGACGCUGAGAUUGCAUCCACCGCAAUCAACCCGCACCCGAACAACCACCACCACCACCCCCACCAGCCCGAGCCCCAGCCCGAGCCCCAACCCGACCAGCACUCGCACCCAAACAAGCGCCGGAGCCAGCGCCAGCGCCCGCCUGCGAUAGAGACGGCCAGCACCACUGCAGCUGCCGGCCAUCAACACCAACAAAAGAAGAGCGGCGGCCCCGGCAAGGCAGCCGCCUCCAACACCCGCCGCCGCAGCACCACCCAGCAGCCCGGCUCCGCCGCGACCAGCGCCUCGACGACCCCCUCCACGAGCCACCACCCCUACCACCGCCCCGCCCACACCACCCGCCACCACCAGAGCAGCCGCAGCAGCACCUCGGAUGCCACCCUACCCCUCACCACCGGCUCCACCACCACCACCGCCCUGAGCACCCCCACCUUCCACCACCACCAGCCACCACCACCGCCAGCGGAGAGACAACCCCCGCAUGGCGACCGCAGCGCCAGCAACACGAGUCGCACCGGCGGCACCGGCACCGGCGGCACCGGCGGCAGCGUCCCGACACAGACGACGACGACGACGACAACCAGCACCAGCACCACCACCCUCAUCGACCUCAAGCUGGACUCCGCGUCGGGCGCGCGCGUGCCGCACAAGGCGGUCGAGAAAAAGUACCGCGAAGGCAUCAAAGCCAUGUUCCGACGGCUCUCGGCCGCCAUCCCCGGCCUGCCCAACACGCCGCCCUACGGCUCCAACACCACCUCCAUCUCCGCGUCCAUCUCCGGCGGCGCGUCCGUCUCGCCGUCGUCGUCGUCGCUGAACGCGAACGAGAACAACAUGAUGCCCGCGUUCCUCGCGCACGAGGGCGCGGGCAGCGAGACCGUGGGCCGCCCCCCGCAGCGGCCCACAAAGGCGGGCAUCAUCUCGCGCGCGAUCGAGUACAUACGCGAGCUGGAGGCGGACGUGGCCGAGGAGCGGAGCAGGCGCGAGGCGGCGGAGAGGGAGGCGGCGCGGCUGAGGGGCGAGGUCGAGGGGCUGAGGCGCGAGCUGGGCCUGUGGAGGGAGGUGGGCGUGGGUGCGGGCGCGGGCACGGGCACCGCGGAUGGGGCUGGGGACAUGUUCGUUGUGGGGUAUGGGGAGGGGGCCGGGGAGGGGUUGGGGUGA